AUGAAGGAGCUGAAUCGAGUGGCAGCGUCUGAGCUUGACGAUUCUUCCUCACUGGCCUCUCCGUACAUGUGCCAUGGACUGGAUCCUCAAUACCUGACUCCGGGAUUCAUCCCUUUAAACCACCGUUCUCAUCAACUAUCGGGGUUAGCAUCCUUUCAGUCUUCAGUUAGCAGUUCAUCCUCAUCCAUCAGAUCAUCAUCUUCAAGGAUUCUCUCAGCAUCAGGAUCCUCAACCUCUUGGCUCUUUGUUUCCUUACAUAACUCAGACUGCACCUCCAUCGAUUGUUCCAUAAGAACCUCUUCCUCCUCCAAGAGCUUCCUCCUUCAGAUCCUGGUGCAUCACAAUGGCGAAGAGCUGGUGUACCGGGCUUCUUGUAAUGAAGGAGAAGCAAAUUUGAGAGGUUCUCUAGCCAGAGCAGAGAGACGGUCACAAGACUUCUCAGACUUCUGUAGGUUUCUGCAAUUUUUCAAGAUCACGGGGUGCUUGACGGGGUUCUCGACGGUAGUCAUCUCUCGGAGCAUAACAGGAGUCAAUGCGCUUCCACACGCUGUCCCUGUUGUCUCUUUGAAAUCUCUCACCCACUCGGUUGUCUUGAGGGUUUGCUGUCUUCCCAUCAGUGGUAAAACGUUUUGA